AGUAACGAUCAUUUGAUUCAUAAUUGAAUCAACUACGGUUUGAACAUGUUCACCAUCUACGAAAUUCAGCGCACCCAUCACCAAAUCAUCGUAUUAGUUACUGAUCAGGAAUCGCCAAAAGGUUUGUAUUCGUCAGGUAUCAAAACAUCAGAUUGGAGAAAAACUGUUAGUAAUCCCACUACUCAUCAGAACUAUAGUAAAGUUGUCGUUCACAACAAGCCGAAUUCAGCAGGUCACUAUGUUAUUACGAAAACACAAGAAACACAAAAAAUAUACCCGGUGUACAACGCGCAUUCUUAUGGCGGAAGACCAGAGAACAACCAAAGGAUUCUACAAAGUCAGUCCCAUACAGGAAUCAUCAUUGAUGAUAUUUCCAGAAACAACAAAGCAAUUUACAAGAGAAAAGUGGAAUACAAAUCCUUGGAGGUCUAUGAAAAAUGCCCUACUGGUGAAACUGGUCAAUUUGUCUAUGCUUUCUCUUGUAAUCAGUACCUAAACUGUUGGAAAGGUAGAGGUGCUCCUCAAAAUUGUGCCCCAGGUACCCUUUUCAAUCCAAAAACUCUAGAAUGCGACUUUCCAGAUAAAGUCGAAUGUGUUACAGGACCAAGACAAAACUCUUUGGGUAACAGCAUACGCGUACCGAAGUCAGUUCAUCAAGCCAAUUGCCCUGAAGGUUUCAGUGGGCUCAUUCCGAAUUAUACCGAUUGCUCGAAAUUCAUCAGCUGCAAUGAUGGCAACUCCAUGCCAAUGGACUGUCCUCCAGGAACCCUUUUCGAUACUAGUCAAAAUAUCUGCGAUCACCCCAACAAAUGCACGUGCUUUGAUGGCAAGUCUGGCACUGAAGUCAGAGUCCAGAAUAGUCAAGAGAGUCAGUACACUGAAGGUUCUUUCAGCCAAAGCUCAGGAUGUGGUCAAUCCGCUGGAAAUUGUGGUAAUCAACAUCCUUCCAGUCAAAAUAUUGGAAGCCAAAGCCAGUUCAGACCAUCUCUAGGUAACCAACAAUUACACCAGUUUCAGUAUGAUUCUCACAGACAGAGUCCCAGUACGAAUUCACAACAAAGCAGUUCAGGAUUUCAGUUUUACCCAGGAACAGGAUUAAAUGCUCAAGGAAAUAGUCAGAGCAAUGUUUUUUCUGUAACUACGAAUAGGACCGGUUGCAACCCGCAAAACCAAAAUUGUGAGGGAUUGGGCCAGGGUCAGUUGACUGUGAAUCCGUCUGGAAGUCAACAAUUCUAUCAGACCCAGUAUGGCUCUCAUAGACAGGGUGUGGGUACCAAUCUGCAACAGAGCGGUCCUGGAUUUCCAUUACCCUCAGGAAAUAAUCAGCAGAAUAUUUUCUCGGUAACUUACAAUAGGACCAAUUGCAAUCCACAAUAUCAAAAUUGUGGACCAAACCAGGGUCAAGGUCAAUCGAAUUAUCCUUCUGGAACAACAUCUGGUAAUCAACAAUUCCACCAGACUCACUACGAGUCUCACCUACACAAUGGCAAUACAAAUCCUCAACAAAUCAGUUCUGGAGCCAGGUUUAAUCCAGUGUCAUCUGAUGUCGAUAGUCAGGUUGGUUCUCAGCACCGUUGCAAUCCUCAGUUUCAAAAUUGUGGCUUCAGUCAAGCAUCAGACCAAGGACAAACUACUAUUCAUACCCAAUAUGUCCAUAGUGGAAAUAUUGGAGAAAAUCGGUAUCCAUCAAGUGGCAGACCAUCCACAUAUGGGCAAGUUUACCCAAGCGGAAAUCAGGAUAACUCCGACGUAAGACCAUCUACAUUUGAACAAGGUUCAACAAUUUAUGCAGGAUGUAAUCCUCAGACGCAGCGAUGUGACCAGAAUGUCGGUCAAGGCACACCCUAUGUUCAAACUACUAUCUACAGCUCAAAUAAUGACCUCGGAUAUGGCCAAGAGAACAGAGAAAACAGUUCUCUGGAUUUGAUUCGUGGACAGUCAAACCCGAACACAGGUUAUGGACAAGUUCAAACCCACAGAUGCAACCCUGGUGAUCGACGCUGUGGAGAACGUAUCCCUAUUCAAGUUAACCAAAAUCCUGGAUACGGUCAAGCAACUGUUUACUCAUAUACUCCCGGAGAAAAAUGCAAUCCUCUGAUACAUAACUGUAGACCUAUUCCUGUCCAAGGAUCUAGUAGUCAAGAUAGAUAUGACCAGACUAACAUAAUUCAUGAAAAUUGUAACCCUCUAAAACAAAACUGUGGACAAGGAAGUCAAGCUCAGAACAGUUUCGGAUAUGGACAAACUACCAGUGGAGAUUGUUGUGGUCAAAGUACCACAGAGGCUAACACCCGAAGAGCUGGCGAGAAUUGCAAUCCAGCCACUCGAAAUUGCGGUCCGAAUUCUCCCAAUAGUGAGGGCAACAUUCAAAGUCAUCACACAGGACAAUUUCCUUGUGAUCCACGAGUGCAAUAUUGUGGAGAGUCAUCGCAAAAUGUCGCAAUCCAACAAGGAUCUAGUCAAGUGAACUGUGACCUUUCCAGCCCAAACUGUGGACAAAGCUUCGAUCAACAACAAACAACUCAUGGUGGUGGUCAGAGCCAAACCAAUUCUAAUUAUGAAUUCAACAAUGGUGGUCGAAAUUACAAAAAGAUUUGCAGCUUGAAGGACAGAAAUUGCCAGACUCAUUCCAUUGUAGCCAAAGACACGAGAGAUGGAGAAGAAAAAUGUCCAGGCGAUUUUCAAGGAAUCAUGAAGCAUCCUUUCGACUGCAGUAAAUUUUUGAAUUGCGCUAAUGGUCAGACUUUCAUCCAAGACUGUGCUCCUGGAACGCUUUUCAAUCAGAAACUGGGAAACUGCGAUUUUCCCUACAAUGUGGAAUGCGAUAACUCUGGAGGUAGGGACAAUUCAGGUAGUUCAAUCAGUGGGGAUUGGGUUCGAGAAUAUGAGGAACAUGUACAACAGUUUAGUCAGAAUCCAGGACAUGGCAGUUUUCGGCCAACUACUGAAAGUCAAGACCCCCAUGACAGACCUGGGUCUCAGCGAAACCAAGGGCAAAAGAUCGUCACCGAUAUCAAUAUAGGUGAAAUCGGGGUAGUCAGUCGGCCACCACAUGCACGAUCAACUGAGAGACCAUCCAGAGUCGAUGACGUCGACGUUUUCGAUCCUAAGGAGAAUUCUAAGCUUAGUUCCACUCCAAGGAGCGUUUGGCCUCCCCCUUUCCCGAAAACAAACGAAAUCGAUUACGAGUUCGACUAUGAAGAUGGCGAACCUGUUACUUUAGAGCCUGAAGAUGUUUUCUACGCGGAAGAAAAGAAGAGUCCUGUAUGCGAAGAGGAUGAUUUUCAUUGUUCUUCCGAAUUGUGUAUCACACAAACCAUGGUUUGUGAUGGCCACAGAGACUGUCCUGAUGGUAAAGAUGAACUGCUCUGUGAAGAAUAUAUUUCAAGAUUCUCCGUACACAAAAAUUCCCAAUUGGUAGUGAUGGAAAAACAAAGAUGGAUUAACGCCAGUUAUGCUACUUGCGCAAUGCUCUGUAUACAAAACACCAAAUUCACUUGUAGAUCCUUCAACUAUAGAAAAAUAGAUCGGACUUGCUUCCUGUCAGACCAAAAUAUCGGUUUGACUGGAGCUCUAAGGAAUUACAUUCCCAUGGACUAUUACGAACUGAAAGCUGGGACCGUUGAUUGCUCCAAUCAAGAGAAAUACUUCGAGUGUUAUAACAGAAAAUGUAUAAUGAAAGAACAACUGUGCGACGGGGCAGACGAUUGCGGCGACAGACAAGACGAGAAAAGUUGUAAAGCUGAAGAAUUUGGUUAUUCCAUCAAGUUAACGGGGUCCAAGGAACGGAAUGAGGGAAGAGUAGAGGUCACAGCAUUUGGAAGGAGCGGAUAUAUUUGCGAUGACAAAUUCGGAAUAGUAGAUGCCAACGUGGUUUGCAGAGAGCUAGGUUUCGUCUUGGGUGCAGCCGAAGUCAAAGGUCAAUCUCACUUUGCCAAAGAUCUCAAAGAGAAAGACACCCAGUACAUGAUGGACGAGAUAGAAUGUGUGGGGAAUGAAACUAGUUUACUAGACUGUGGGUUCGCUGGUUGGGGCAUUCAUGAUUGUACAGAUCAAGAGAUUGUAGGCGUGGUAUGCAAAACGCCGCAAGAAAAUUGUGGAAAAGGCUACUGGAAAUGUGACACCGGUAGCGAAUGUGUAUCCUAUGAUUUUGUGUGCGAUGGAGUUAAUGACUGUAGUGAUGAUUCAGAUGAACGAGAUAAUUAUUGUGAGGCUCCCACAGAUAUACGUUUAGUAAAUGGUUCGAAUUCUGCUGAAGGCCGUCUGGAAAUCAAACACCAUGGUAUAUGGGGCACUGUAUGUGAUGAUGAUUUCAACGAAGAUGCUGCCAAAGUUGUUUGCAGACAUUUUGGGUACAAAGGAAUGGUCGUAGUCAAGAAAGAUGGAUAUUUCGGUGCAGGUGACGGCCCAAUCUGGCUGGACCAAGUAUCUUGCUACGGCAACGAAACUACCCUGGAAACCUGCACUCACUGGAACUGGGGUGAACACAACUGCGAACAUAGCGAAGACGUGGGCGUGAUUUGCACCGACGAGAUGGACGAGGUGGAGGUCCAGAGAAACUCCAAGCUGCCUGCGAGAUACGAGGCCGGCCUGCCAAAGUCUUGCGGAUACAGAAAGGACAACCAGUUUCUGCAUAACGACCUGAUCCACGCUAGAGUGAUCGCAGGAAGUGUGGCUAAGGAAGGCGACUAUCCUUGGCAGGCGGCCCUGAAAGUCAGAGUCAAGGACAAAUCGGCGCACUGGUGCGGCGCAGUGAUAAUCUCCAGCAAGUGGGUCCUCACGGCCGCCCACUGUCUGCAGGGCUACACGAAGGGCGCCUACGUCAUAGUGGCGGGGGAGUACGACACCGACACCGAUUCGGGCGCCGAGCAGCGCAAGUUCAUCGACGAGUUCUUCGUGCACGAGCGGUUCCGUCAAGGUCACAAGAUGAACAACGACAUCGCGCUGGUCAAGGUCAAGGGCGGCGGGUUCGUGUUGAACGAUGACGUGCAGCCGAUUUGCUUGCCCGAUCCGGAUGCGGAUUACGAGAGGCGGUUGAACUGCACGAUAUCCGGGUUCGGAUCUGUCAAAAGCGGCACGUCAGCCUAUUCCCAUAAAUUGAUGGCUGCUUGGAUUCCGAUCCAUUCCAGGGAUAUUUGCAAAAUGCCACACAUCUACGGCGAUUCCAUAGCAGAUGGGAUGAUUUGUGCUGGUUUUCUAGAUGGGGGUGUUGAUGCCUGCGAUGGGGAUAGUGGGGGACCACUAGCAUGCUUGGACCAAGGUGUUUUCACAUUAUAUGGAUUGACUUCUUGGGGUCAGCACUGCGGUCAUGCAAACAAACCAGGAGUGUAUGUGAAAGUAGCCCAUUACAGAGCAUGGAUAGAAGACAUCAUCCAGAAACAUUCUCAGUGAUUUUUCCGUUUGUUCAAUUCGAUUUGAAUUCGAAAUGUAAAUGAGUGCAGUAACAAAUAAACAAUUAGAAAAGAGGCAUGUCAGAGCAAUGACGGCUAAAUAUCUAGAUUGUUUGACGUGUCUGGAUAUUUAGCCGUCAUUGGUUCAAUUAUUGGAAUA